AUGCACCGAGGCGCGCCAGGACCAGGCCUCAGGGGCCUCAAGGGGGCCGAGGGCUCGGUCAAGGACUUGGGGGGCUCUUGCCUGGAGGCCGGGAAGGACUUUGGGGUGCUGAGGGAGAAUGGCGCCCCCCGCGGCCUGGGCGAGGCAGAGGAGGUGCCGAGCAGUAAAAAGCGCGCCCGGCCGGUGCGGUCCAAGGCGCGGCGCGUGGCGGCCAACGUGCGGGAGCGCAAGCGCAUCCUGGAUUACAAUGAGGCUUUCAACGCGCUGCGCAGGGCGCUGCGGCACGACCUGGGCGGCAAGAGGCUCUCCAAGAUCGCCACGCUGCGCAGGGCCAUCCACCGCAUCACGGCGCUCUCCCUGGUCCUGCGCGCCAGCCCCGCGCCCCGCUGGCCCUGCGGGCACCUGGAGUGCCGCCGCCAGGCUGAGCGCGCGGGGGCCGCCGGGGACGCGGGCUCCAGUCCGCAGCGGCCGGCGCCCACGCCCGCAGGGCUCUCGGCACCGCGCUGUGCCUCCUGCUCCCCGCACCCGCCCCCGGGGCGGCCAGGGACCGAGGCGCAGGGCUUGGCUCAGGCUCCCGCGGGAAGCUGGCGCUGGUGUCCCCGGGCGCCCUUUGCCUGGCCGCUGGGCCACCCGCGGGCGGGCUCCGGGCUGGGCUACCCGCACCCCUGA